CGGUGCUUUUUUAAAAAAAAAAAUCAUAUGAACGACCAAGACUCGAGUGUGCACUGGAUAAUUUCAAAAUUGCAAGUAACCCAAAACUUGGAAGUAUUGUGAACUGUGAGGCAGGUAGCGAUAAACCCAAAACAGAGGCGAGCAGGAGGGUGGAAAGAGUGAGCACCAUGCAUUUGGCUGAUGCAGGAAAUGUGCAGUGAAUACAAUUUGAGGACAGGCAAUGUGAACUAGAAGGCAAUGCCGAAUAAACGGUGUCGAAAUAAUUCAGGCUGAAGCUGACUAGGGUUUUUAGCAGACUUAAAAUUCAGCUGGAUUUAUUCAGUCAGCGGAGGUAAUUUCCUCCAAAGGGUGUAGAGGAGCGGUGUGCAGGAACUGAGCUGUACUGAGCCUGGUUUCCCCUGUGAUGAGCAGUGUGACACUGGUAGGAGAAGCAUGUGCCUGGUUUGUCUCUGAGCAGAUAGUGCUGUUGGUUACUGCCUGCCUGCACUUGAGGGAGUUAGAGAACGCUUUGCAGGAAGGCUGUUCACUUCCUCCUCGUGUCCCACUCCAGGAGAAGGCGCAUUUAAAAUGUUCCCUUCCUCUGUGGCCAUGAGACUGGCUGCGUUUGGCUAUAGACCGGGACACUGGCUGCAAACCCGGCUGUCAGACCUCACCCAGUGCAGGCAGCUGGCUACCUCCCGGCCCCAGAGUCCUCCAGGCCCUUCCGUGGACAUCUCGGCAAUGUUAGGGCCAGGGCCGGAGCCGGAGCCGGAGCCGAGUGAAGCUCGGCUGAAAGAGCUGAGCAGGAGGCAGCCCCGGCAGAGCUCACUGCUGCUGUUCCCCGGCCAGGGCACCCAAUUUGUGGGAAUGGGCGAAGGGCUCCAGAAAUACCACAACGCCAGGCAAAUGUUCGCAGCAGCCCAGAAGAUCCUGGGCUAUGACCUGCUGUCUUUGUGUAUGAAUGGACCGGAGGGAGAGCUAAAUAAAACUGUUCACUGCCAGCCAGCAGUUUUUGUCACGUCCUUAGCUGCAGUGGAAAGGCUGCAUCUUGAAAACCCUGAAGCCAUUGAGAAAUGUGUUGGAGCAGCAGGAUUCAGUGUGGGAGAGUUUGCUGCCUUGGUCUUUGCAGGAGCAAUGGACUUUGCUGAAGCUCUCUAUGCUGUGAAAGUGCGGGCAGAGGCUAUGCAGGAGGCAUCAGAAUCCAUUCCUAGUGGCAUGUUAUCUGUUGUGGGGCAAGCUGGAUCCAGAUUCAAGUAUGCCUGCCUGGAGGCUCGUGAACAUUGCAAGACAUUGGGAAUAGAGGAUCCUGUGUGUGAAGUGGCUAACUACCUCUUUCCCAAUGGACGUGUGAUUGCUGGAAAUUUACAGGCUCUUAAAUAUUUGCAGCAGAAUUGCCGUAAGUUCCACUUUCUGCGAACUAAACUGCUACCAGUCAGCGGUGCCUUCCACACUCGCCUCAUGACAUCAGCAACUCAGCCACUCCAUGAUAUCUUGAAGGGAAUCAACAUUGAGAAACCACUGAUAUCUAUCUAUUCCAAUGUGGAUGCCAAAAAAUACGUGAACAGUAAACACAUUCGGCAACUGUUGGUGAAACAGCUGGUGAUGCCUGUAAAAUGGGAACAAACUAUGCAUGCUAUGUAUGAACGAGAACAAGGGAUUGAUUUUCCAGAUACAUAUGAGGUUGGCCCAGGGACCCAGCUUGGGACCAUGUUGAAAAACUGCAACCUGAAGGCUUGGAGGUUCUACCGACAUGUUGAUGUGAAAUUAAAGGAUGAGACUGAGGAAGAAUGAAGUAUCUUCUGUGCAGAAAGACUGAUUGACAAACAUUCCAGUGGAUGAGGAGGACAAGGAAGCAUAAGCUACAAUAAGCAUAAUGCAAGAAGAAAUACUAGAGGGACUGACUUCUUUGAAGUUGGAUAAAUCACCAGGGCUGGAUGCAUUGUGUCCCAGGCUGUUGAAGACGUCUGUGAGGAAUUUACGUCUGCUCUGAGGAUAAUUUUUCAAUCCCCACUCGUUAUAGGUCAGGUACAGGGAUUUGGAGGCCUCGUUAAAAAGGGUGUGAGGGAUGCACCAAAUAAUUACAGACCAGUCAGUCUAACGUCAGUGGUAGGCAAAUUAUUAGAUCGAUUCUGACAGACAAGGAUGAACUGUCACUUUGUAUGGUAUGGAUUAAUAAAUUUACCAGUGCUGAUACCUUCAGGGACCUGUGGGCAUGUCCUCAUGGCUGUAAUAUUCAAGUCCUGGCAACACUGGUGUAAAUC